AUGGAGUUUCCCUCUGCUCUCCAUUUUUUCAGAGUUAAAAUGAAGGCAAAAUAUCCAACCGAAGAAAGGGUACCUAGAGAAUUUAAAACCCUAACCAAUUUGACAUAUUUCACUCGGGCAUAUAACAAGAUGAUUCUUAUUAGGGAAAGAAAGAAGAGAGGUGCAUAUAAUGAAGCAAUCUGUUCAACUUAUAACAAGGAGUUAUGUAUUUCUGUUUGUUGUAUGAUAAAUGAGUUAUCAUCCGAUUUCCUCACCUCUGUGAUAACAGCACUGGAUGCCAUAGGCAUAAAACAUGUUCAUGAGUCACAAACCCAGUAUGUUGGAAUAAACACAUAUGUAUGUCCAACUGAUAACAAAUUAAGAAAAUAUCGAGUUUCAGACGACUAUUCAUGCUGUAAUGUAAGAGGUUUAUUUGAGUUAAUGGAUUGGCCUACAGUACUUGUUUACUUUGGUUGUUGUAUCCUUAUCCUUUACAAUAAGUUUUCCAGUGAGGAAAACUAUAAAACAUGCAUGACAAAUUCUAUUUGCCAACUUAGAGAGAGAGAGCUAGAUGUGAUCCUGAUAUUAAGCUUGAUAUCCCGUUUGAUUUUAAAGAAGCUAACGCAAUCAAAACUAUGA